AUGUUAGUCAUUAUACAACGUCUCGUGAAGAGCUAUCAGCCGAAGAAGAAAGAGGAGGAGGAUUCUCAGUACAGCCCGUGCCGGGCGUUCAAACUGGAGCUGAACGAGGUGAACGAUCAGGCAGGUCAGCGGGAGGUGAUCGCUGAGAACUUGCAGGCGAACGUGCUCAGGGAGCUGAACAUCCUCGUGAAGGACUUCAAGGAGGACAGGAAGAAGCACCUGCAGGAGGGCGCCAGGCUGAUGGCGACCCUCGCCGGACAGAUCGGGAAUCUGGAGCGGGCCAGGAAGGCCUACGAGAAGGCGUUCCGCGAGGCGGAGAGGUCCGUCGAAAACUACCAGAGGGCGGACGCGGAUCUGCAUCUAUCCAGAGCGGAAGUGGAGAAACAGAGGAUGAACAUGACGCUGAAAACGCAGCAGAGCGAGGAGGCGAAGACCGAGUAUGCGAACCAGCUGCAAAAGACGAAUGAAAUGCAGACGUUGCACUAUCACACGGCCAUGCCAGAGGUGUUCCAACACCUUCAGGAGCUGGACGAGAAGAGAAUAAAGAACAUGCGGAACUACAUGCUGAAGUCCGUGGAGAUCGAGCGAGCAGUCGCGCCGAUAAUCGCGCAAUGCUUGGACGGCAUCGAGAAGGCCGCGAACGAGAUUAACGAGAAAGAGNCGAUUAUUCGAGCCUUACGGUACAGCCCGUGCCGGGCGUUCAAACUGGAGCUGAACGAGGUGAACGAUCAGGCAGGGAGCUGA